AAACUAGCAUUAAAUUCUGUGCCUCCCAUUAUAUUGUACAGUGUUUUUCUUGUGCACUACUUUGCAGAGGAAUGCAAGCUUCAAAGAAUAAAAAUACAGAAAAGACAGAACCAUUCUACAGGCUUUCAGUGCCAAAGCAGAAGACAAGUUCUGAGAUUAUAAAUGAAGCCAGGAAUGUUCUACGAACACUAAGAACUCGAAGACCGUUUACACCUACAGAGGAUCAGAGGAAACUUUUUGGAUCUGGAUCCUCACGAGCUCCUCAGAAUAGACCCCCUUCAGUUUUUAGUCUUCAUGCAUCCAGUUUUGAUUUGGCUGAAUCAAGACCAGUGUCCGGUGUUCGUCUUAGCCCACUGGAUCAUAAACCAAUACUAGUCACUUUUGCAAAAGAUGAAGAUUCUUCCAUUUCUCUUCCAAAGCCUCCUGCCGAUGCUGCAGAGGGUAGAAAAGUCAGCAGUGCUCGGGCACACUUAUUUAGAAGAACUCAGGGAAAUUUUCUUUCUGCUAAAAUGGUUUCUCCUGAUCAGAAUGAAGAGAAGCUAGAUUCUGAAGAACCAGCUAUGAUGAGUAAUCUUUGCAGAAGUAAUGAUAACUGCCUAGCAGAGCAAAGGCCAUGCACACCAUUUAAUUAUGAAAGUAGACAAUUAAUUUGUAAUGAGCACAUCAGCAGAUUGGAGAAGGAAGACUUCCUAAAAGGGACAGCAGGAAAAUUUUUAUUUCAACUGAGAGGAGAAAGAAGUGUCAACAGUGAUGGCAGAUUUGCUGAUGAGGAGCAACAGUUUCCCUGUGACCAGAUGAAAAAGCCUGGCACAAGUUCAUCAUGGCCAAGGAGUACAGGCUGGAAGAGGAGAGUAACAGACUUAGAGGAUGAAACAAGAAUAAAUGAAUCAGAAGAGGAAGAAAUCUUUUGGCAUAUAAAGAUUCUGCCCAUUCUGCAUGAACUGGAAGAAGAAGACAAUGUAGAAAACCUUUGUCUGGCUUGCACCAAGCUCUAUCAAGCCUUGAAUGAAGGAAACAUGCUUGGAAAACGAUUUAAAAGAAGAAGUGUGCUUCUGAAGACAUUAUAUAAACUUGUAGACAUUGAUUCAGAUCCACUUUGCCUGAAGCUGGCAAAGAUUAUUCUGGCUAUGAAAGUGGAUGGAAAAAAUCUUCUCAGCGUUUGCAAGCUUGCAUUUAAAAUUUGUAGGAAUGAAAAAAAUGAUUACAUCAUUCAAAAUGAUAGAUUAUUGGAUUGUUUGUUGGAGGUCAUGAGAAUUGAAGAUCUACAAAAAAACAAUGAAGCUCUCCUGUAUUGCAUGGGAGCUAUAAAAUUCAUGUCUGGAAAUGCAGUACUCCUUAAUGAAAUGGUCAACAAAGGAGCUGUUGAAAUGUUGCUGCAAUUAAUGAAGCAGAUUAAUAAUAUAAAAGAAAAUGACACUUAUUUCUCCAACUUGGGCCACCUAUUAGUCCAGCUGACAGCUACUUUGCGUAACUUGGCUGACUUACCUCCGGCAAGACGCCAACUCAUUUGCAAUGGUGCAGUCUCUGAGCUCUCUGUGGCGCUAGAGCAGCGUAUGAAUGAUAAGGAUGUAUGCACCUAUAUUGUCAGGAUAUUCAGCAAACUUUCUUCCUACAGUGACUUCUGUGCAGCUUUAGCAGACUGCUCCAGAUGUUACAUCUUAUUUUUAGCCCUGCUAAACAAACACCAGAAGCAGCAGGGUUUGGUUAUCCGUAUCAUCUUCAUUCUUGGUAAUUUAACAGCAAAGAAUAACCAGGCCCGUGAGCAAUUUUUUAAAGAAAAAGGAAGUGUUAACACCUUGAUAUCAUUAUUCCAAACCUACCAUGAACUUGAUUUGAAUGCACAGAAAUGGUACCAUGAAAGAGGAGGGGAAGGAAAAAAACACCCAAAGCAUCCUUCAGAAGCAGAAGAUGUUCUGAUAAAACUGAUACGAGUGCUGGCCAAUCUCUCCGUUCAUCCCAGCGUAGGAGCAGCUCUGGCAGCUGCCCAUCGUGUUGUAGAAUUACUUGUUACAGUACUAGAAUACAAGUCAGUUGAUGACUGUGAGGAGUUGGUCAUCAAUGCUGCAACAACAAUCAACAAUUUAUCCUACUACCAAGUGAAGAGUUCUGCUGUUCAAGACAAGAAGCUACACAUUGCUGAAAUGCUUUUAAAGCUGUUAAUGAGCAACAAUAUGGAUGGAGUUGUGGAGGCUGUCAGAGUCUUUGGCAAUCUUUCCCAGUAUCAUGAGAUUUGUGACUUCAUCAUACAGAAAAAGAUAUACAAGUUCAUGAUUGCUUUACUUGAUGCCAAGAACCAAGAAGUCUGUUUUUCUGCCUGUGGAGUUCUGCUCAAUCUCACAGUAGACAAGAACAAACGAGCUCUUCUGAUGGAAGGAGGAGGAAUUGGAAAGUUAGUUGACUGUUUACGAGACUUUGGGCCGGCUGACUGGCAGCUGGCUUGUUUGAUAUGCAAAACCCUGUGGAACUACAGUGAAAACAUCACAAGUGCGGCCUCAUGCUUUGGAGAAGAUACCGACACAUUGCUGAUGCUGCUCACAUCGCUCCUAGAUGAAGAGCUAGCAUUGGGUUACAGCCUCGACAGAGAUUUAAGGGACCACCACAAACUGUAUUGGGAAAGAGAGUUCAAACCUGUGGCAGAAAAACUUCUUGAGAGAAUCCAAAGCCAUCACUCCCUUCUUCCAACUGUGACUAUUACUCCAUUUUAAUCACACUUUUUUUGUUGUGGUGGUGGUGUAGAUUGCACAGCUUUACAUUUCUUAUAUACCUGUACAUUGCCAUUGGUAGGCAUGCUGGAGAGCAUGGGAAGUUAGUUUUAAAAACAGUCAGUGAAGCCUGGAUAUACUGGAUAUUACCUUUUGAGAAGCUUGUAUGGAAUUUUUGCAGGUGUAAUUACUUUUUACAAUAUAUUUGAGCUGAUCAAGCAUCUGUUCAGUGUGAUUUGUCUAUUAAUUGCAUAGUUUCUUUGCAGGGAAAAUGAAACAAAACUAUUUGCUGAACUUUUAAUUUUUAAAAGGUAAAUUACCACUGGGUACCUGGACCUCUGUGGUUCCAAAAACGCUGUGUGCUAUAAAGAAUGUUACGUGACAGGAGCCAUAUCUUACCUACAGGCUUCGACAUGCUUUUACUUUAUAUGAAAUUCUGCGACAGAGGAACCCAGAUGCUAUUGGGGCAUUCUGCAGUGGUCAGGGGUAAAGCUGCUCCCCCUUCCUUCAGAGAUCCCCCUUUACCUGAUACUGUGUGGCUGGGGUAUCCCAGCUCGUGUCUCAGUGCUUGAGGGAUACAGGUCCAGCCAUGCUGGUCAGAGGCUUUUCUGAAUCGGGACUUCACAUCUUAAGGCAGAACACCCAUAUCCCUGACUUGAGAGAAGAUUUUAGCUUAUCUGGGUUGUUCUUCUGGCAGUUGUUCCAACAUUCCCAGGAACUGCCUGUGUGCCUGUACUCCUCAGACUGUCUUGGCCAGCUGUCUCCCCUGGGCUCAUGUCUCCAUCCAUGGGGCAAAAAAAAGGUUCUAUGUCCUUCACGUUCCUUCUGACUGCUGCUGACUUGUUUAUUGCUCGGUUUUCAUCCUUUCAGUGUGUAAAGUCCCUGCUUUUAGCCCAUGGAUUAGCUCAGCAGGUGCAUCACUGGCCUCAGGCAUUAACACUCCCAAGUAGCUACAGAAAGCUUUACAGACCUGACCCAUUUGUCUCUUUUCUGACCUCAGAUUACUGAGAAUAAGCCCCUGUGCAGGGGCUGCCAGGCUCCUGGCCCUGAUCCUUCAGGGCAGCAGCCUCGCACUGCACCAGGAGAGCAAGUCUCCAGCCUGGCGAUCCCUGCAGAGAGGCUGAAGGCAUUUGUGUUCCUGAGGAAGCAACUCUGAGCUCCCUCAGCGGCACCACUCUACCGCUGGCUGCGCCUGGACCUCUGCUUCCAGGUGAGGAGACAGAGCGAGGAGGCUGGGAAGUAGAAGGGCAGGGAAAAUUUUUUUUCCUGGAGUAGGUCCCUGCUUCUACAUUCUCGGGGGCAUCCUUACUGUUGGUGGGGCAGGGGAGGGGAAAUUUCAUGCUCCAGAUUUUAGGAGUGGUAAGGGGAAAACUUCGGUGAAGGUAAUGGAAUUAGCCAUGUUCCUUUUGUCCCAGCAGCUUGGGUAUUUCUUGUGACCAGCAAGGCUCAGCCCUGCAGUGAAUCACUUCAGGAGUGUGUGUGUGCAAUCUGCAGAACUGCUCAGCAGUUCAGUAUCGUUUGGCUCCUGAUUUGAGCUCUGCUGAGCUCAAACAGAUCCCAGUUACCCUUCCGUCUUUAGCCACUUUAAUUUUAGCUGAAGUUGAGGGAGAAGGUAAAUGGCUUUGAUUCAUUUCUCGGAGUUGCUUUUUGGGGGUAUUAAAGAAAGGACGAUGGGUAAGUACUGCACUGUGGGGAUGGAGCUGGAGGCAUUUGUUCUUGGCAUUCACAUCAAGGCAAAAGGCAAGCAGCAGGCUGUGUAACGCAGGGUGGGGACGCGGUGGAGAAGGCCUUGUGGCCAAGCCCUGUCAGCAGGCCUGAUCAGAAUUGACAAGUGCCGAGCAUCCAUGGGAAGGCAGCCUGAAACCGGCGUUCUGCUCACGUCAAGGUGGAUGUGUAGGCGCUUAAGAGUUGUUCAAAGGAAACGCGAGUUAGGUCAGUCAUCGCCCAUCAGACUCAGCAGGGGCCUGGAGCGCUGUGCGGCGUGUGUCCUGUAGCACAGGGUGAAUUUGGGUAUCCCCCAGUGGGGCGCAAAGCUGGGGCAGCUGCUGCGCGUGAGCUCUGGCCUGCGACCGCUGGGGGAAGAGGCGCGUUCAGCCAGGCUGGGUCGAGCAGAGCAGGCAGCAGCGGCCUCGGAGCACCCAACAGCAAAACCCAGCAGUGGCUGCGUGGAGCUGCGCGGGCCCGUGUCUUACUCUGAACAAAACUUGGGGGUAACAAGGAACGAGCCCCAAAACGCUGAAUUUCUGAUGUAUUCUUGUGGCUGCUUCCGCCAUUUGCGUGCCUUUGCCACAAGCCUCCAUGCAGAAGCUCUCUUCUGAUGUCAGGAGCCCAUUCCUGUUUAGUGACCAAGUACCUGCCCUCUCUCAUGCUGCUUUUCUUCAUCCGGGGUGGGGCGGGGUGUGCGCACACCACACACGUGCACAGCGUUCUGAACUGAACCUACAGAGACGAUGGAAAAGGUGAGGGCUGCUGGGGAGGGCUGGUAAUUGCCGCUCGCAGGGGCGAUGCCUCUGCUGAGCACAGACUCAAAGAAAAUCCUGUGUGGGUGCUUGGGUUUUUUGGGUUUUUUUACCAGUGUCCCACCUGGGCCCAGGCAGCCAGCCAUUUAGUUCCCUUCGUGCUCCUUCCCUGCCUCGCCUGCGGUUUGGACAGGAUCCCCAGCCCACGCCGUCUUUUGGGGUGAGUUGCCACUACUGCUUAGUGCCCACAACAUCUGGAGGCUCCGCAGGGGCUACUGGGGAGCCCUCGGGGCUUACAGGCUGCACCAGAGGAGGGCAGCUCAUGCCCACCAGUGGCAGGCGGGGCUGCUGUGGCUUGUCCCCCAUGCCCUGGCAUCCCGACGGGGCUGUGGCUUGUCCCCCAUGCCCUGGCAUCCCGCGCAGCUGCUGCUCUGGGCAGCCCUCACCACUUGCAUGGAGUGUCUGCUGACUUAACCAUUUUUCUUGCUUUGUGAAGACCAACCCCACCAAACGCCUUCGGUUGCCACUCUGCUUAACAGCCUGCCUUGUUCUCUUCUACUUAGGACCACAAACGCCUCGGUGUUUUUCAUGGAAAAAAAAAUCCCCAAAAGUUUUCAGGCCAUUUCUUGAAGUAAGUAACUUUGUGUGUGGUGAGGAAUGCCUGCACGUUGUGGUUGGCGCUCCCUUUGAGGAUGGGACCAUAGGAAACCGCUGACCCACGCGCUGCUGUGCUU